AUGAAGGCAACUGGUGCUUUCGUUCUCCUCUCCCUGGCACUCUGCUGCUACCAAGGAAACGCUGAGACAGAUGGAGCUGCUGGCAAAGGAACAGAGGCAGCUUGUGGCAACUAUGACCUAAGACGAGGUUGUACAAAGAUCUUUGACCCCGUCUGUGGCACGGACAACCUCCUAUACAGCAAUGAGUGUGUGUUGUGCUUUCAGAACCU